GCAACUGUACUGGACAGCUCAUUUACCGGCUGUCAGCUGAAUAUAUUCUGCUUUUAUUCGGUUACUUAUCGUGUUACCGUAAUAUGGCUGGCUGUACCUUUGUUGCCAGACUUUUGCCGUUGGCGAGAGGCCGCUUUUGUAAUAACAUGUCUCUCCCCGUACGCACAGCUACCCGUGCUUUUUCCUGCACUUUAACUUGUUCACAGCUUCAGCAAGUCCACGGGGUCAGCGCUUUAACGGGGAAAGUGGACCGAUUCGGUGGAGUGACAGUGAACCUGGCUGAGGUCGGACUGCCGGGUGACAUCAGCGAGAGCUCAUUCAGCGGUUUACUGCAAGAUUCUUUAGCCCAGUGGAAAGCAGAGGGGAAGGCAGCAGUGUGGCUUCGAGUACCCAUCUCGCUGAGUCGAUGUGCUGCCGCCGCCUCGGCUCACGGCUUCACCUUCCAUCAUGCCAGAAACGACUACGCCAUGCUGGCUCUUUGGCUGGGAGAGGGGGAGAGCAGACUACCAGGUUUUGCAACUCACCAAAUUGGAGUGGCAGGUGCAGUUGUUGAUGAGUCCAAUGCAAAGGUCCUUGUUGUCCAAGACAGAAAUAAGACAAAGAAUGCUUGGAAGUUUCCCGGUGGUUUGUCUGAUCCAGGAGAAAAUAUUGGUACGACUGCUGUUCGUGAAGUGUUUGAGGAAACUGGUGUUCGCUCCGAGUUCAGAUCUCUGCUAAGUAUCCGGCAGCAGCACAACCACCCCGGUGCCUUCAGCAUGUCUGACAUGUACAUCAUCUGCCGUCUGAGCCCGCUAACCUACGAGAUCAACUUCUGCACUCAGGAGUGUCUACGCUGCGAGUGGCUGGACAUCAGCGAGCUGGCCAAAACCAGCGAGACCACGCCCAUCACCACUCGCUUAGCCAGUCUUCUGCUUCAUGGCCUUGAGCACGGCUUUGAUAAGAUCGACCUCAACAUGGAGGAGCUUCCUGCUGUUUACUCUGGGAGGUUUUACCAGUUAUAUUACAGACAGCUUCCCACGAUACUAAAAUUAUAGGAGCUCCACAGAUCACCUCAUUGUAGCCAGAUAUGGUGAAGCACGGUUGUCACCAUUACUCCUAUAUUAAAAAUCUAUUUAUAACUCGACUGUUACUUUUGAAGAAUUACAGUGUAACCAGUUGGAUUAAAAACACACUGCAAAUUUUAUGAUGCUUUUUGCAUCUGCAUUGCUGCAGUUUUAAAUGUUUUAUUUAACACGUCUUGGUGGCCACGUUCAAAACCCAAAGUUUUCCUCUCCAUGUUGGUCAUUUACAUCAGCGGUCUCCAACCCCCGAGUCAUAGGGUACAUAGGGCUUUUUCUUUUUGGUACCGGUUUUAUUUUGUUGUAUUUAUCAGCGACACCUUAAAGGCCAGUCUGUGAAAAUAUUGUCGGACAUAAACCGGUCCGUGGCCCAAAAAAGGUUGGGGACCGCUGAUUUAAAUGACUUUUUCACAGUCAGUAAUAUGGUGAUGACAAGGCAAAGCAAUGUCUUUAAAAUGUUGUGCUGUGAU